AUGCCCAACAACUUCACCAAUUUUUCAAAAUGGACACAACUGUCGAGUAGCAUCGCGUCGGUCGGCUUCUUCUCGACUUCUCUAUCCGCGUUCAUCUUCAUAGUUCUCUCUGUGUAUUACGUUCGGACGAGCUAUGAGAGCUACAAACGGUACAUGAUCGUAUUUUCCCUAUUAGGAUUCGGAUUGGCAUCGGUGGAGUUCGCCGUGAAUCCGAUCUUUCACCAUUACAACUGCGGCAUCGUCAUGUUCAGUUUGGUGCAUCCACUUGGAGCUUCCAUCAAUGUGACGUUCGAUUUGUUGUGUGAGUGUGGCCUGUUCGAGACAAUUACAUCUGAAAUUUCCAGUAAUCCACGCGGGCUUCUACUCUGCAACCAUUUCCUUUCUCACCGUUCAAUUCUUCUACCGAUACAUUGCAAUUCUACAGUAAGUAACAAUCCCCGGCUGCAGAUACCGUCGUCUCACUUUUCAGUCCCGGCCUGGUUCCCAAACUUUUCGGUGCCUGGCGGAUCAUCAUUUGGAUUUGUUACGCCGCUUUUUUCGGUGUAGAGUGGGCUGUCGGAAUGGCUUAUUUCGGAAAAAUGGAUAGUUUUGCAACAGAGUACAUGAGGGAAGAAGUACAAGUUUAUUACGGGAAAGAUAUUGAGCAAAUUGCAAAGUGUGCGGUUGUAGCCUAUGCCGAUAACAAGUUACGAUGGAGGAAUAUAAUGUGCAUUCUCAACAUGACCUUCAUUAUGGUAUCCACCGCUCUGGAUUUUGCAUUAGUCACUUUUCUCAGAUCAUUCAAUAUGCCGCCAUAAUCUUCUUCGGCUGGCGAAUGAACGUCGAAAUGAGAAAGGUUGUCUUCAACUUGUCGCCCGUUCUUUGGAAGCUGCACACCCAGUUCUUCCGAGUGCUUCUUCUCCAGAUCCUCGUUCCCACACUGACCCUGUUCAUGCCCGUCUUCAUCCUCAUGUACACCCCUCUGCUCGAUCUGAAAAUCCGUUUUCCGUCCGGUGUCCUUCUCAACGCGUUCUCUUUCUUCCCGGCCAUGGAUGCGAUCAUAGUCAUGUUCAUUUUGUCCGACUACAAGAAUUUCAUAAAAAGUUCGUUUGUAGAGUUGGGCGUGAUCAAUUAUCAAGUGCAUUCCAGGAGUCAUUGGCAAUGCCGCGAUCACAUGGCUCGGCGCAGUGCGAAUUUCGGAGAAUCUGGCGGCGACACGGACAACUCGAGUUGUUUUUGCGGCCGUGUAG